UUCUAUAAAUAAAUAAAAAAAAAACCUCUUACGUGAAGUCUCCUUAAACUGCUUUGAGGCAUCACCUAUUGCAGAGUCUCCCUUGCACACUUGCAUUGUCUCUCAGGUCCCCCAAAGAAUACUCAAAUUAAUACAAAGAUGGAGGUGAAGGAAGGGUCUACAGCUAUAAAGCCAGAGUUUGUCAUCCCUCAAAGGAAAUCUGUCAGCAAAACAUCCAGGGCUGUUGUACAGGAAGAUGUUGAACCUGAGAUUGGGAGCAGCAUCCAAAGAAAAUCGAGCUUUGGACGAAAGAUUGAAUCACCAAGCAAGAAAUCCAUCAAGAAAACAAAGUCAUUAAGUGCUCACUUCCUAGUUGAUAUAGAAGAACUUGUUAGUGGUACUGCUGGGAGCUUUAGUGACAAGGGUUCCGUGCUUAGUCAUGCCUCUAGUAUUCCCUUGGGCUUCUCCUUCUCGCUUGCUGGUGCCACUGUUGGAUUGGACAAUGCCUCAGAUGUUCUGAGACUGAAGGAUGAACCAGAUUGCCAAGAGAGCUCAAUGAAUGAAAUGCCAGUACCUCAGGAAGAGGAUCCAGAUUUUUGCAAUAAGAAGAAAUUUCAGAUUGCUCCUACACUGUCCAUAAGUCUCAAGUUCCAAGAUGUCAAAUACAAGGUUCCAGUAAAUGGAGGGAAGAAAACAGAUUCUGAGAAGUACAUCCUCCACGGAAUUACGGGUUCAGUACAGCCAGGAGAGGUUUUGGCUCUUAUGGGACCAUCAGGAGGUGGUAAAACAACUUUACUUAAUGUCCUCAGUGGAAGGGUGAGAAAUCACAAUGCCAGUGGCAGCAUUACUUACAACAACCAACCAUUCUCCAAGUCACUAAAGCAGAGGAUUUGUUUUGUGCUGCAAGAUGACAUAGUAUUUCCACACCUCACUGUGAAAGAGACAUUGACAUAUUCUGCACUUCUUCGGCUUCCCAAUACAUUAACCAAAGAACAGAAAGAAGAAAGGGUAAUGGACGUUGUCAGCGAGCUUAGUCUUGAAAGAUGCCAGAACACAAUUAUUGGUGGGGCAUUUGUGAGGGGAAUAUCUGGUGGUGAAAGAAAAAGGGUUUGCAUUGGCAAUGAAAUCCUUCUCAACCCAUCACUUCUCUUCCUUGAUGAACCAACCUCUGGUCUGGAUUCAACAACAGCACUUCGAAUAGUUCAGAUGCUACACAACCUUGCAGAGGCUGGAAGAACAGUAGUCACUACAAUACACCAGCCUUCAAGCAGACUCUUCAACAAAUUCGACAAGUUAAUUCUCUUGGGUAAAGGCAGGUCUCUUUACUUUGGCAAAGCCUCAGAAGCUAUGCUGUAUUUCUCCUCAAUCGGUUGCUCUCCUCUGAUAGCCAUGAAUCCAGCCGAUUUUCUGAUUGAUCUUGCUAAUGGGAACAUAAAUGAUAAAUCAAUUCCACCUGAAUUGGAAGAUAAGGAGUUACUUGGAAACCAGAAACAUGAAAUUCAAGAUGGAAGGCCAUCCCCUCUUGGUGUCCAUGAGUAUCUUAUAGGGGCUUAUGAGACCCGGGUUGCACACUUGGAUAAAAGGAAACUUCUAAAACCUGAGCCAGGUGAGGAUGAGUUAGAGAUCACAGGUUGGUCUAAUUCAAGGGAAGGGGGAGCAACUUGGUGGGAGCAGUAUUGCCUUCUUUUCAGUAGAGGUCUGAAAGAGAGACGCCAUGAAUAUUUAAGCUCUUUACGUGUGAUCCAAGUUAUCUCCAUGGCAAUAAUAACAGGAUUACUCUGGUGGCGUUCUGAUGCUUCAUCUCCAAAAAGGCUACAAGAUCAGGUGAGUACCUCGGGGUCCCUUCAUGGUUACUUGGAAUUAGAACAAUUAGAAAUUUUGAUCCAAAAUGAAUGUCUUGCUCACCUUUGGAAGUCAAUUCUUUUAGUUAUAAUCAGUUUAUGCUUGCAGGCAGGGCUUCUUUUUUUCAUUUCGGUAUUCUGGGGCUUCUUUCCAGUAUUCACAGCCGUCUUCACAUUUCCACAAGAGAGAGCAAUGCUAGCCAAGGAGAGAGCAGUGGACAUGUACAAGCUCAGUGCAUACUUUGUGGCCAGAAGCACUAGUGAUCUUCCUUUGGAUCUCAGCUUGCCUGUAUUGUUCCUUGUGAUUGUCUACUUCAUGGUUGGAUUGAGGGCUAGUGUUUCUGCCUUUUCUCUAAGCAUGUUAACCAUUUUCCUCAGCAUAGUGGCUGCUCAGGGUCUGGGACUAGCAAUAGGAGCAGCAUUCAUGGAUGUAAAGAAGGCAACAACAGUGGCUUCUGUUAUUGUUAUGACCUUCAUGUUAUCUGGUGGGUUCUUUGUGCAGAAAGUUCCAGCAUUCAUGUCAUGGAUACGCUACAUCUCUUUCAACUAUCACACCUACAGACUACUACUUAAGAUCCAGUACAGUUGCUCAGAUCCAGGUCCUGACUCGGGUUCAUGCAAUUCUUCUUUCAUUAAAGUGCUCAGACUUGAUGAAGGUGAAAGGGAAGUGAUUGCUUUGAUAGCAAUGGUAAUUGGGUACAGGUUAUUGGGCUAUUUCUUGCUACGGGGAAUGAAACUGAGGGCCAGUUCAGCUUGCUUCACAAGAAAGUGAAAAUUCUCUACUAGCAUUGAUACAUUACUACUUAAAAACUUGUCAUUUCUUUUUAAGAAAUUGAGAUAUUAUAUCAUGAA